GCCGUCCAAAAUGCCGUCGACGUCGUCGGUCGACUCGCACGUGGUGCCGCCCUUCUACGCCUGCUACCUGCUUCGGUCGUAUGCCACGCCGAGCUCGACGCGCACCUACAUUGGCUCAACGCCCGAUGUGCGGCGGAGGAAACGGCAGCACAAUGGCGAGCUGUCGCAGGGAGCCGUCAAGACGCAGCGAGGCAGGCCGUGGGAGAUGCAGAUGAUCGUGUGGGGCUUUCCGAGCAAGAUUGCUGCGCUUCAGUUCGAAUGGGCAUGGCAAAAGCCCCACCUCUCGCGUCAUCUCCGCACAAACCCACAGAACAAACCGUCAGAGGGAGCGCCGACACCAUCGCAACAACAGCAGAUUGCCCUGCCUCUCUUCACCGACACACCUCUGACGCAAUGUCCAGUCGGGCCGGACGGGUCCCGCGCACUGCCACCGACAUCGAUCCAGUCUUGCAUGCUCGUUGCACGGGCGCUCCUCCGCAGCGAGCCAUUUUCGACCUGGGGCCUGCGAGUCAGCCUGUUCGAGGAGUGGGCAUGGGUCGCAUGGAGCCGUCUGGAGGCGCAGCUGGCCGGAAGGGCAUCGAUGAUGACGGACGAGGAGAGAUGCGUGGGGCUUGCCCCGCGAAAAUCUCGGCUAGGCAGGAGGUUGCUGUCGAAUGAAGCCGCCUGUGACUUUCAUGGAGUCGACGGAAAGAGGGACUCGUUGCUCGACGUGGCCCCAGAAGAUCGAUCAGCCCUCAAGCUACCAGAGACCCAAUCGACCAAUGCUCCUAAAGGAAGCAAGAAAGCUGUUCAAGAGGGAGCGCCACCCGGCUCUUGGCCGGAGAGGCUGCCACGGACAGCGACGCCUCGCGCAAUGGGUGCUUGUUGGAGCCUCCUGGAGAGGGCGCCCAUGGCUUCCCCUUCGUCUGCAUCCGGAGCCAUUUUGGAAAAGGAGAAAGGCAAUACUUCGGAAGAGGAAGAGGACAUGGAUCGUCCGUCGAGAGAAUUGCCCUCUCUAAGAUAUGACGACAGCGAUGUGACACAGUGCACUUGGCUUCGCUUCGAAGCCUACUUGCGACAUAAAGCCAUUUCAGUCGAGGAUGUGGUGCAGGGCGAGGAUGGCGGCAGAGGAGAUCGGGCCGGGAGAAAGCGAGAUCGUUGCGCACUUUGCAAUCGAGACGUUUGGCUUGAUGACCAUACCACUUACUCCCUCUGUCCUAGCCCCCUUCGGGAGCUGCGCCCCGUCCCACUCUGCUCGUCGAGCAACACCACCUCGAGACACACAGACCAGCCGACGCUCUCUCAGUUGGGCUUCUCGUCUUCCAAGUCUACGGCCACUUCCGCUUCUGAUCCUCCAGCUGAAGAAGAGAGGGCUGCCUCGCAUUGCCUCGAUGUCUUUCACAUCGACUGUCUCGCGCGCUGCUUCCUCGCGCAGGAGCAGGCGGCCGCCUCGUCGGGCAACCUAGUGGCCGACAAGGAAGUGGAGACAGAUCAGUAUGUUUUGCCGAUCGGAGGCUGCUGUCCGACGUGCUUUCCUACUGCAAGUGCGGAGGAGGGAGAUUGGACGCGGUGGAACGAGGUGGCUCGCAGUGUGUUCAGGAGGCGCGAGCGGGUGCAGAAGGAGAUCGUCGAGCUAGAAAAGAGACGAAUGCUCGAGGCGCGCCUGGCGCGACAGAGGCCAAAGGGCGUGGCAAGCAAGAGAGGUGCGAAGGCGGCGACAAAAGGUGUGCUGGCGAGCGCGGACGGCAUGGCGGGAGGGAGAGACGAGGUCAUGGCAGAAGAGCACGAGCGGGAACUAGAGGCUGCAAGGAGCCGGCGUACAGGCUUGUUGGGCGAGCUUGACAAGGUGUCAAUCAAGGCUGGGCUGGGCGUCCUUCCGUUGGAAAAGCCGUCACUACAAAACAGAAAUCAAUCAUCGGGGUCAGUAGCACCAGCAACUUCCUCGACGGCGGCUUCGACGAAGAAGAGGAAUCUGCUGGGCGACUUAGACGCUCUUCUCAACUCUUCUGACUCAGCCUACUCCUCAUCCUCUUCGGCAGCGGCGAAGUCAGCGAAAUCGCAGGAGAAAGAGCCAUCGGCGGCUUUCAAAGCUCCCCCUCCAUCCUUUUCGGCUUCUUCAAAGACGUCGUCCGCGAUGGUGGACAAACCGGCGAAAAAGGUUCGCCCAAUCACGAAUACCACCAUCAUUGAUCUGACCUAACUGGUAUCUUAAGUAUUGGCCUGCAUCUGUAAUACCAUUACAAUUGUUUCGAUCCUUAGUCAUCGCCAUCAAACAUGUCCCGAAGCAGGCCCUCUUCGACG